AUGGCAUUCACAACAUACAGUAGGGUUUCCAUGAUGAUGCUACUAGCACUACUCGUGCUAGCAACAACAACUCUUGCUCGUAAGGAAGGUGAUGACCAUGAAACGCCUCCCAUUCAAUCUCUUCCAUCGUCAGAAGGUUCGGGUUCUGAUCAGCAGGAGGAUGUUGUUGACAUAGGUCUGUGUGCCAUCCAAUGUGCUGCUAGGUGCCUUGGUGGUAAGGCUAAGGCAUCCAUGAUAGCAUCACCUAAUAAGUUUAGCUUUCGCAAAAUCUGGGGAAAAAUUAACUUCCAUAAGGCGAUUUGUGUUAGUAAGUGCAUGGUCGAGUGCGCCAUUGACAAUGCGAAUGUGAAGCCGGAGCUCUAUCAUUGUACUCUUGGAUGUACUUAUAUGUCUGCUGCUAAAACAAAAUUAACUAGUUCAGAUGCAGAUGCAGAUGCUCAUACAGCUGAGAACAACUGCUACAACAAGUGCUCGGAGAGCUAUCAAGGUUGAAAACUUUGGAGAUCCAGUAGUAUAGUCGAUCAAGCAACUAGUUUGAAUU